AAACCACAGUACCCAGAAUCUCCAAGUGUCACAGGCCCCAAAUCCAAGCAUGACUGCAGAACAUCGUAGGAUCAAAUGGCCCCAAGCCGAUAAGCGGAAGGAAUGGUCCCAGUUUGAUGAAGACGCCAACACCAUCUUGGAAGUAACAGGCAAAGGCAGUGUUGAGCACCGCCUCCAGACAAUGACCACCAUCAUCACAAGCCUUGCAGCUGAAAGAUUUGGACUGGUGGAAAAAAGAGCAGCUAAACCCCCGUACACAAUGAACAACAGGGCAAACAAAAUCCACCAGCUUAGGCUUGAGUUGAAGAGUCUGAGGAGGCAGUUCAAGGAGGCGAGGGAGGACGAGAGGGGGCCUCUCACUGAACUGCGGAAUAUUGUUCGCGGAAAGCUUAUGACUUUGAGGAGAGCAGAGUGGCAUAAGAGAAGGAAGAAAGAAAGAGCCAGGAAGCGAACCGCUUUCAUAGCAAAUCCAUUCAGGUUCACAAAGCCGCUGCUUGGGCAGAAGCGAAGUGGCCGACUCACCUGCUCAAGAGAGGACAUCGACCACCACCUCACAGAAAUGUUCAGUGACCAAUUAAGGGAGCAUGAUCUGGAACAUUGCCAGCACCUGAUUGAGCCGACCGGACCUACAGUGGAUUUUGAUGAGAAAGAACCGAGGUGGGAAGAGAUCCAGGAGGUGAUAAAGAAGGCAAGAGCAAACUCAGCUCCAGGUCCAAGUGGAGUACCCUACAAGGUUUACAAGAACGGCUCAAAGCUACUCCGCAGACUCUGGAAGAUCUUGAGAGUGAUAUGGAGGAGGGGGAAGGUUGCCCAGCAGUGGCGAUGGGCAGAAGGGGUAUGGAUUCCAAAGGAAGAAGAAUCGAAGACCAUCGAUCAAUUCAGAAUGAUCUCCCUGCUCAGCGUUGAGGGGAAGAUAUUCUUCAGCAUUGUGGCUAAACGCCUGACAAACUAUCUCUUGCGAAAUUCAUACAUUGAUACCUCAGUUCAGAAAGGAGGGAUUCCAAUGGUCUCAGGGUGCUUGGAACACACAGGAGUAGUCACACAGCUGAUCAGGGAAGCCCGGGAGAACAAAGGGGACUUGGUCGUUUUGUGGUUGGACUUAGCAAACGCAUAUGGUUCCAUACCCCACAAGCUAGUGGAGGUGACACUACGCCAGCACCACAUUCCAGACAAGUUCAGAGCUCUCAUUCUGGACUAAUACAAUAGUUUCAGUCUAAGAGUCUCCGCUGGGUCAACAACAUCAGGCUGGCAUAGGCUGGAGAAAGGGAUAAUCACUGGAUGCACCAUUUCAGUGGUCCUGUUUGCACUAGCCAUGAAUAUGCUGGUGAAGUCGGCCGAGGUUCAGUGUAGAGGUCCCCUCACUAAGUCUGGGGUCCGUCAGCCGCCCAUCAGGGCCUUUAUGGACGACCUAACAGUGACAACAUCACACGUUCCAGGGAGCAGAUGGAUCCUCAAGGGUCUGGAGGAGAUUACCACUUGGGCACGCAUGAGCUUCAAGCCAACAAAGUCCAGAUCUUUGGUGUUGAAGAAGGGGAAAAUCGUUGAUAGAUUUCGCUUCACACUUGGCUCUACUGAGAUACCAUCCAUCACGGAGAGACCAGUGAGGAGUCUGGGAAAAGUUUUUGACUGCAGCUUGAAAGAUGCAGCAGG